AUGGGCGCUUCCGAUCCAAAAACUGUUAAGGAUGUUCUCGAACUGAUUCAGCGACAACAAUUGACCUCUGAAGAUCGUUUUACGACCAUUGAAGACAAUCUUCUUCAACAACCACAAAAAUCUAAUACGAAUCAAACAUUGAUUAACCAACGAUUUGAUGAGUUGCUAGCCCGUUUACCUUCUACAACGAAAACAACUCAACCACAUGAUUCAGGAGGCGCAAUUCAUGGUCCUCAUCUCGAAAAUCCUCCAAUCUUUGGUUCAAUCUCUCCCGGGGGAACUCAAAAUCAAUUACAUCGAGUACCCAAACUCGAUUUUCCACGAUUCGAUGGUGAUAAUCCUCGUGGUUGGAUCCAAAAAUAUGAAUGUUUCUUUUGGCUACACAACAUCGAUGAGAGUCGCAGAGUUGAUAUUGCAGCUAUCUAUCUCGAUGGAAAAGCAGAUAAAUGGUUUCUCAAUUUCCAGGUUGGUCAAACUCGUAUAACUUGGUUUGAAUUUGCUCAUGGUAUUUGUAUCCGAUUUGAAAAUCCUAUGGAAGAAAAUUUUAUUGGGAGUUUUAAUAAACUGGUUCAGAUUAACUUUGUGGAAGAGUAUUUUGAAGAAUUUGAAUCUCUAAAAGCUCUAAUGCUUGCUAACAAUCCUUCCUUAACUAAGCACUAUUUCAUCAUGAGUUUUAUUAGUGGGUUGAAGGAAGAAUUGCGUAAUUCUGUAGCUAUGUUUUAUCCAAAAUCACUAGCCACAACUUUUUCCUUAGCAAGAAUGGAGGAACAGAAGCAUCACACUGUUGCUACCAAAAGUAUUAGAACCAACUCUAGCUCGUUCACUAACUCUAGAGCUUUCUCUACCACAACUUUUCCUCCUAAACCAAUUUCCACCUCUUACAUAACUUCCAAGUCUACCCCUACUACUCCAAAAUCUUAUUCCCCAACACCACUCAAGACAUCAUCAACAAAUCCCAUUAUUAAACGUUUAACUCCAGAGAAAAUGCGCAUUCGCAGGGAUAAAGGUCUUUGUUAUAAUUGUGAUGAGGUUUAUGCAUUGGGUCACAAGUGCAAGGGUAGGCAACAAUUGUUUAUGGUACAAACUGAAAAUUUUGAUUCACAAGACACAGAGGUUGAGGAUGAGGUUUUUGAAGAAGCUGUAGAAUCACCAGUUGAGUCUGACAUGGAAAUUUCUCUUCAUGCUCUCACUGGUACUACUACAGGUGAUACUAUUCGCAUUCCUAGUCUUCUUAAGAGACAAUCUGUUUUUAUUCUUAUUGGUACUGGUAGCACAACUAGUUUUAUAGAUUGUUCUCUAGCUGCUAAACUCAAAUGCAAGGUGGAACACACAGCUCACAUGUUAGUUACAGUUGCUAAUGGGGGAAAAACAGUGAGUACUGGUAUUUGUUCUAAACUUCCUUGGAGUAUGCAGGGCUAUCAAUUCUCUGAGGACUUCAUGUUACUCCCACUGGGAGGCUGUGACAUGGUGUUAGGUGCUGAUUGGCUUAAGAGGCUAGGUGAUGUUAUGUUUAACUUCCCUAAACUCAGUGUUUCUUUUAUUCAUCAUGGUCAGCAUAUUACAUUACAAGGGAUAACUAAUUCACCUUCACUACUUAUGAUUAGUGGGUCAGCAGUUAAGAGAUUUCUAGCAAAAACUACUUAUGACCUCAUUGGUCAUCUCUUUUCAGUCUCAACUACUCCUAUACCUCCUCCCAUACCUGCACCCUUAUUACCUUUAUUAUCUGAGUAUGAGGACAUUUUUGCUGAGCCUACUUCAUUACCACCUCACAGAACAUUAGACCACCCAAUUUCCUUGAAACCAGACUCUCAACCUCUAAACCAAAGACCAUAUAGAUGCCCCUACAUUCAAAAAGGAGUUGUGGAACAACUGGUGAAAGAAAUGCUUUCUUCUGGAAUCAUACAACACAACCACAACCCAUUUGCUUCACUAAUUCUUCUUGUCAAAAAAAAAAGAUAG